AUGACCAAUGCUCCUUCGCCACUACACUUUCAAACCGUUACCCGUCAAACCGAAAAGCUGGAGCUACCGUCGAUCUCCCAGGUCCACACAAGAGGUCCUGUUGAUAUCCCUUGGUACAACCACCACGCCGCGGAACGACCUCUGUUGUCUGGUGACAAACUUCCGGCACUCAGUCUUCCCACGGCCUCGCAGCCGAUCGUCUCGGGGCAGUCCUACCGGGCUAGCUACGAAGAGUCGGUUCCAGGUUCGACCAGCUCAAGCGCUCGGACAAGCCUAUCGUCCGGGACCGCACCAACCAUCAGCGAGGCCAGAACUCCGCCGUCUGUUGACCUUGUGGCUGGUGGACACGGCCGUCUCUCCCUGGAAUCUUCCGCCUCGCAGGACUAUACCGUUGCGCAGAAUCCGGCGAGCGACAGCUAUUACCCGAAUCCAACCCCUCUGGGCAGCAUGAACCAAACGCAACCCUACAUGGACGUGCACUCGUCGCACCUUUCAUCCGCGCAGCCGUACGCUUCUCAAGCGCCGACGGCAGGAGCAAUGGCCCACUAUCCGCAAUAUCACCAGCAACCGCCUGUCCUGCAGCCUGCCUCGACCUACGGUCCUGCCAGCUCUUACUCGCAAUAUGCCUAUCCUAGCGGUGUUGCCUCGAGCCAGCCCGCGCCACCCCCGCCAUCAACGUCGAUGAGCAGCCAGGUCCCUGCUCAGUUACUGCCUUUGCCUGCAGUCAACAGCCACACAGUAACAGCUCCUGGGUAUGGCAACACCACAGGAACACCGAUGCAAGGGUUCGUUUAUGAUACCACUGGACAGUUGGCGCCCCCAGGGGCCAAGCCGCGAGUCACUGCCACCUUGUGGGAAGACGAAGGGAGCCUCUGUUAUCAGGUAGAAGCUAAGGGAGUCUGUGUUGCGCGCAGAGAAGACAACCACAUGAUCAACGGUACGAAGCUACUCAACGUGGCUGGCAUGACUAGAGGUCGUCGGGACGGCAUCCUCAAGAGCGAGAAGGUCCGCCACGUUGUGAAGAUUGGGCCUAUGCACCUGAAGGGAGUGUGGAUCCCCUUCGAGCGCGCUCUGGAGUUUGCCAACAAGGAAAAGAUCACUGAUCUACUCUACCCCUUGUUCGUGCACAAUAUCGGUGGCUUGCUGUACCAUCCAACAAACCAGACUCGGACGAAUAUGGUCGUGCAGGAAUCACAACAACGGCGACUGGAGGGCCCGCCAUCCGCGCGGACCCCCCAAGGCUCUCAGCCGCCAGGUCUGCACCACCAUCACUCCAUGCAGACCUCCAUUCCUUCCCAAAUGCCUCAGCCACCUACGAUGUCCUCGCAGCCUGGUGCUCGUCCUCCGCUCGACCGAGCACAUACGUUUCCCACGCCACCCGCCAGCGCCUCGAGUCUCAUGGGCCUUUCAAACCAGAGUACCUCGUAUGACUGGAAUAGCCAAGGCAUGACCUCUGGCGUACCAAACACUCAGCCAUUGUCAAUUGAUACCACUUUGAGCAACACACGGUCGAUGCCCACGACCCCAGCGACGACGCCUCCCGGCAACAAUCUGCAAGGCAUGCAAUCGUACCAGAGUCAAUCCGGGUAUGACACUUCGAAACCGUACUACUCGACUGCUCCGUCUUCGCACCCGCACUACGCUCCGCAGCAUUCCCUGUCACAGUAUGGCCAGACGAUGCCGCCUCAUUCUUACAUCAAGAAUGAGAUGGCACCACCUGCGGGACGGGGCCCGGGAGGACAGUCGGAGACUGAAACUUCGGAUGUCAAGCCCGCGGACCGGUACUCGCAGAGCAAUGGACACGUUGCUCCUGGGGCGGGCGAGUCUGGCCCUGAGCACGAGUCGGACUACGUGCAGCAUGACAAUUCGGGCUACGGCGCCCCUCGGAGUUCCUACACUUAUACCACCAACACCUCGGUUGGUAGUCUCGCGGGCGAGCACUCGCAGCUGACAACUGACAUCACCGGCUCUCCGCAGCAGAACGGGUCUGGACGUAUGACCCCGCGGACAAGUGGCGGGCCUCCUCCCCAAUGGGCGUCGGGCUACGCGUCUCCUCGACCGACCGCUGCCAGUAGUUUGUAUAAUAUUGUCAGCGACACUCGCGGGUCGUCGAACGGAGCUGGCUCAGAUAACUACACUGUGGCUUCCAAUUCGGCGCCGACAUACUCCAUGAGUGGAUCGUUGGGAUCUGGCAAGCGGGGACGGGAAGACGACGACUUGGAUCGCAUGGGCCGGCCAGAUAACCAGGGAGAGUACGAAAGCAAGCGCCGACGGACCAAUGAAACGACAGUUGGCGGACCGGUUGGCGGAGUGCUGAUGGGACUACAGCCGAUGAAAGCCGGAGGUGCCAUACCUCGUCGUCGAUGA